UUUGACAAUAUUGUUCGAGGAUUUCCUUUCCGUUGUAUUGCAACAGAAGAAGAAAGACAAAAACGGGCGAGAGGCAGAGAGAGAGAGAGAGGAAAAACAAAAGGAGUCAGUCUCCCAUGGUCUCGUCGUUCCUCUCUUCUCUUCCUCCUCCUUUCUUUUGCAAACUCCGGCGCCCGAUUGCUCUCCAGUUCACUGACCGUCGGUAACCAACGAGAACCGGACACUACAAACGCCGUCGACUUCCUCUGUAAUUCUUACAAUCGGAAAAUGAAGAAGAAGAAGAACGGCGGUCAUCAUCAUCCUCAUCAUCACUACAACUGCCCCGCCGCAGCUCAGCUCCACCAGAUUUCCCUCAUCCUCCGCUGCCGCCGCGGCGGCCACUAUCUCUUCCCGUUGAUCUCGGCCUUGUCCGCCUCCGUCCUCCUCUUCCUCGCCGCUUUCGCUCUCCUCUCCUCUCCGCCGCCUCUCAUCGAACGCCGCCACCUCCUCCAGCUCCCUCGCCGCCAUUCCCCCUUCUCCUCGCCAUUCUCCGGCAGUGCAGUCAGGGACGAGACGGAAGAACCGGAUUCCGGUACAUUGACGACCUUCCGCGUUCCGGAGCGCGGCGGAAAUUUAGGCCACGACCUGUGGAGCUCUCCAUCGUCGGAAUUCUUCUACGGUUGCAGCAACGCCAGCGAUAAGUUCCGGACCGCUGAAAAGAAGACGGAACAGAAUCGGUACUUGUUGAUCGUCACCAGUGGUGGGCUGAAUCAGCAGAGAACUGGGAUAACGGACGCAGUUGUUGCAGCAUAUAUCCUGAAUGCCACUCUCGUUGUUCCAAAACUGGACCAGGCAUCCUUCUGGAAAGAUUCAAGCAAUUUCUCUGAGAUAUUUGAUGUGGAGUGGUUCAUUUCAUCCCUAUCCAAAGAUGUGCGAAUCAUCAAACAACUGCCAACAGAUGGCGGGAAGGUUAUCACUCCGCACUCCAUGCGGGUUGCCAGGAAAUGCACCCCAUCGUGCUACGAGAAGAGAGUUCUUCCAGUCCUCAACAAGAAGCAUGCUGUUCAGCUAGGAAAGUUCGAUUACCGGCUUUCCAACCGGCUGGACCCGGACUUACAGAAGCUGAGAUGCCGAGUCAACUACCACUCCUUGAAGUUCACUGAUCCAAUCGUUGAAAUGGGUGAGAAAUUGGUUCAUAGAAUGAGAAGGAAGAGCAAGCACUUCAUUGCUCUCCACUUAAGGUUUGAGCCUGAUAUGCUCGCAUUCUCGGGGUGUUACUACGGAGGAGGAGACAAAGAGAGGGCAGAACUCGGCGCCAUUAGGCAGAGAUGGAAGAGUCUACAUCAGAAGAAUCCAGAGAAGGAGAGAAGGCAUGGAAGGUGCCCGUUGACGCCAGAGGAAGUGGGGCUAAUGCUGAGAUCGUUGGGCUUCGGCAGCGACGUCCAUAUCUACGUUGCUUCAGGGGAAGUAUACGGAGGGGAAGAGACUUUGGCGCCACUCAAAUCCCUCUUCCCCAAUUUCCACUCGAAAGAGACCUUGGCCAACAAGGAAGAGUUAGCAGCAUUCGCACCCUUCUCUUCCCGGAUGGCUGCCUUGGACUUCCUCGUUUGCGACGAAAGCGACGUCUUCGUCACCAACAAUAACGGCAACAUGGCCCGAAUCUUAGCCGGACGGCGGAGAUACUUCGGGCACAAGCCAACGAUCCGCCCCAACGCAAAGAAGCUGUACAAGCUCUUCCUGGGUCGCCGGAACUCGACGUGGGAGGAAUUCAGCGCCAAGGUCCGAUCAAGUCAAAUCGGGUUCAUGGGGAUGCCGAACGAGGUGAAGCCUGGAAGAGGCGAGUUCCAUGAAAACCCUUCUUCCUGCAUAUGCGAGACCAGAAGGAAUGAUAAUGCGGCCUCCCCUGAUGCGGAUAAGAAGAGAUACGCCGACGGCAGCACCGGCGAUGACCGGUCGUCGGCGACGGCGGAGGAUGAGCGCGAGCAGUACUAUUUCUCCGACUCGGAGACGGCAGUUCCCAGCGGGUUGGCCCAGGUAGCGGAACUCGACGACGACGAGUUCUUUUCAGACUAGAAAUAUAUACCGGCGGUACGUGCCUUCGUCGGGAGGUUUCCCCCCCGGCAUCUUGUAAAUACAAAGGAGCUUUGUGUCAGACUCUUGACGCCGUGAGGUUGCCGGUAGACUAUAUACAGUAGUACAGAAUGCCGUUGGAGAGAAUCUCUCUCCGACGGUUUGUCUGUCUCUGUUAUUUUUUGUUUUUAUCUUUUUCCAUUUCACCUUGGGGUUAAUUAGUUAGCUGGGGUUGGUUGUUAUUAUUGCCGUAAGGCUUGAGAGAUUAGAUUAGGGAGGGGAGGGGUCUAAAUACUAAAAUGGGACUUGCUUACAAGUUACAAUGCUUGCUUAGUCGUUUUGUACGACUAGUUUUUGUUGUCCCAUUUUGUUGUUCCUUUUUUUGUUCCUUUUACAGAGUGUAGUAAUUGAUAGUAAUAACGAUAUUGCUCCUCCAUAUUAUUUAGAUGCUUGGAUU